AACAGGGUGCGCUGUUUCGCAAUUAGUAAAAUAAUUAUUUGGCCAUCGCCAAAUAAAGACUGAAAAAUCGUCGCAACGUAAUUGCGCUAACAUGUAACGUCAAUUACAUUUUAACUGGAGGUUUUUGCGAUAUUGUACAAGACGUUAUUUACGUUAUUAGUGAACAUCUACAAUGUUUCUUGUUCUAGACAUUGAGUUCGGAGUAAUGAUGUUAAUAUAUGUAAAAAAUAAAUGUUUUGCUGAUACUUUGUAAAAUGAUUAUAUUGGAAUAGCGGAGAAAGUUGCAUGAUAUUUAUGAAGUAUUAUACGUUUGAAUAUAUAAUAUAACCGGAAAGACUCGACAACGUAACUGAUCAGCCAUCAUCAAUUCUUCAUUGACCAAGUUUAAAUUUUGUAACGGUCGCGUAGGUUUACUCAAUUGGUCUCACUCACAAUAUCACAAUAAGAACCAAUGAUGGAAGAUACAAAUGAUUUACUAAUGCAUGCUUCGGAGUUCAUAAAAGAUCGAUUAUAUUUUAUAACAUUGAGGACAAUGAUAAAACCAAAGAGUACUCCAAACAUCCAUUAUUUCAGUAUUGAUGAUGAAUUGAUCUAUGAAAAUUUCUAUGAUGAUUUUGGUCCAUUAAAUCUUGCUAUGUUGUAUCAUUAUUGUCAAAAAGUCAAUAAAAAACUCAAAGCAGUAACACUAAGAAAAAAAAAGAUUAUACAUUAUACAACUAUGGAUCCAGCAAAGAGAGUCAAUGCUGCUUUUCUCAUAGGAAGUUAUGCAAUAUUAUAUUGUAAAUGCACAGCAGAAGAAGCAUAUAAUUGCUUAAUGAACAGUCCUGACAGUCCAUCAUUUAUAAUGUUCAGAGAUGCUUCUGUUGGUACACCAUGGUUUGAAAUAUCUUUAAUUGAAUGUCUUAGUGCCAUAUAUAAGUGCCACAAACUUGGAUUUUUUAAUUUUCAAGAUUUUUGUGUUAAAGAAUAUGAAUAUUUUGAAAGAGUUGAAAAUGGAGAUUUAAAUUGGAUUGUUCCUGGUAAAUUUAUAGCAUUUUGUGGUCCUUACGCUAAAUUUAAAAUAGAAAAUGGCUAUCCAUUUCAUGCACCAGAAUCAUAUUUUACAUAUUUCCAUUACAACAAUGUAACUACGAUUAUACGUCUUAAUAAAAAAAUUUAUGACGCUUCAAUCUUCACAGAUGCGGGAUUUGAGCAUAAAGAUUUGUUUUUUCUUGAUGGUUCAACUCCAACAGAUUCAAUCAUGCGGCAAUUUCUUAAAAUAACAGAGAAUGCAAGUGGUGCUGUUGCUGUACACUGUAGAGCAGGACUUGGUAGAACAGGUUCACUUAUCGGUUGUUACAUUAUGAAACAUUAUCAUUUAACAGCUCAUGAAACAAUUGCAUGGAUACGAAUAUGUAGACCAGGUUCAGUAAUUGGACAUCAACAAGAAUGGUUGGAGAAGAAAGAAGCAUAUCUUCAUUCGUUACUAAAAGAACCAUUACGACCUCAGAAUGGAAAUCCAGUUCAUGAAUAUGGGAUAUAUUCUAUAAUUGAUAGACCGAAAACAUCAUUUUUAACCCAUUUAAAAAGUGCACAUGUCAUGCAAGAUAAUGUUUCUGGAAUUAUGCAUUGUGUAGAUGGAAUUACAUUAGAUGAUCAUGCAAGCACUAGCACGACUAAAUAUACGAACUUAUCUCAGGGUGAUAAAUUGAAUCAAAUCAAAGCUAAAAGAAAACGGUUACCAGCAAAUCAUACUUUACUUAAUAUAACUGCUAGGCCAUCAACAGUAGUAAAUCCUUACUUGAGGUCAUUAUUACAAACAAAAACUCAGAAGAAUACAAUUAAUACAUUAACUGGAAAUAAAGAAAAGGAUUCUACAAAAAGACUUCUUCCUAGAUCUACUACUACAACUAUUGUUAAAAGAAACAGUUGGCUAGUCAACAGUACGUGUGAAUCAACUCCGCCUCGUGCAAAGUCUACUAAACCAACAACACGACUCCAUAAUAACAACAAUACAUCUUCCACUACUCGUCUUACUACAAUGUCUGUAUCAAAACCAGUGACAAGGGCCAGUAUAAGAACUUCUUGUAUCACAGAAACACAAACUACAAAUUCGUCUGCAAACAAUUUGAUUACACAACCGCAGCGAGGCAUGAAUAUGAUCCUCAGGUCUGCAGAUCGAGUAAAUCGCUAUCAUUCUCUAAGACAUGCGCGUACGACCAAAAGUUAUAAAACUGCAUUUAUCAGAUGACUAACCGAUAUUCUGAAUGGCAUUGGAGAAGACAAUCCAGUAACUCAAGCAUCUCGACAGCGCAGAAGAUCUCAUCGUUUAAAUUCAGUCAUUCAGUAAAAGCAUCAUAUUAAUUAACAAUCUUCAAUAAUUAUUGCUUUUGUCGAGAUCAACGAAGAUCAAGUAGACUUACAACUGUUAUAGUAUUUUUUAUGAUUCACUGGCAAGUUUUUUAAGUACGAUUUUCAAGGUAGUUAUUUUCUGUUUUUAUUUGUAAGAUUGGGUUAUAAGUUUGUCAUAAUCAUACAAUUUUUCCUCGAUGUGACGUUUAUAAAUUCUUCCAUAUUUCGCAAUACGUUGAACGUUUCUAAAAUCAAAAAGAUAAUGUAAUUUUAUAAAACAAUUUACUAUGUUAUCUUUCUGCUGGUCAGAAAAAAAUAAUAUGAUAGUUAAAUAUCUCCAAAUUUUCAUUUUGUUUAGUUAUUGUUGUUUUUUAAUGAAUUUAUACAUUAUUUGGCUUUAUUCAAAUUUUGAUUUUAUUAAAGUAAUAGUGAUUAUUAUCAAAAUGGUACUUUCUUUUUUAUGUAAAAUUUUUUUAUCCGCUUUAAAUUACAUGUAUUGCUAAGUAUUUGUACAAAAUACUAAAAUUUCGAAUAAUGGUUUCUUUGUACAAAAUGAUUAACGUUUUUUCUUUUUUUUCUUUUUUAAUAUUUUAAACUAAUUGUUAAAUUUGAUCUUUUAAUUAACAUGAAAGUUAUUCUUACUUUUAACAAAAGAAUAAUGAAAUGACUAAAAACUUAAAAUCCCAUGCAUUCUUACUUAUAACUAUGUGAUUAACAUAAUUUAUUUAAUUUAUAUGAUUAUUAAUAUAAUUAUUAAUUCAUAUAAAAGAUAAAGCCCAUAUCUAAAUAUAAUUCUUGAAUUAUAGGAAAAUGUUACAUAUACUAAAUAGAUUUUUAAAGUUUAAGUUAAAGCAAUAUUUUGUGAUGAUUAUAAAUUUUGUAAGUAGAUAGAUUGUAGAAACUUGUUAUUGUACUAAUCAUAUUACAUAUAUAGUAUUCAUUAAUAAGAAAUUGCAAUUAUAAUGUAUGUAUAAAAAAUCGAUCCAUGUAUAGUACUUAUAUAAGUGCUACAUGACAUAAAGUUAUAUCAUCAGUAUAAUUAACAAUGUGUAGAAAUUUUAACUAGAUCUUUUAAGUCUUUUUAUAAUUUUUUUCUUAUAAUGUUUUUAAUACAAAAACAUGUAGGCUUGGUGCACACAACAAUGUGAUACUAUAUAAAAUAUAAAAUAUGUUGUUGAAUUACAUAGCUAGCAUUACCACUGUGGAAUUAUUGUUUGCAUUGGGUUUAAAAAAUAUCAUUAAAAAUAUUUUGAAAUACAGAAUUUUUAUCAUAUCUUACUAUGAACAAAAAGAUAAACACAAUUGAGAAAAAGGUAUAAUUUGGUUUAUUAUCAAUUUUAUUAUGUAUUUGUUUAAUACAAAUACAAUUAGAAAUUAUUU